UGUAUGCAUCCAACUCGCUCUUCUUUCUCACUCUUUCACUGACUGAUAUACGCUUCAUUUGAUUAAAAGGGGGCCUCACUCUGGACCUAUCGACAAUCACCCCAUCACCACGUCCAUCUUAGAGCUCUACUGCGUAACCACUUCUUGCAUUCCAAGGCGUUGCAAUUUGGAACAGGCAACAAAUCGCUCGGGGGUUUUCUGUAAUUUUUGAGGAAUUUGUAUCCAGAAACCAAACGAAACGCGGAAGAAAAAAAUAAUGUCAUCUCCCAGCACCCAAGCCAUGAACAAACUCAUCCGACAGCACCCGCUCCAACGUCUCUCGUCGCCGUCGCGGGGGUUCUCGGCGGCCGUCCACGCCGCCGGCCUCGCCAGCUUCGCGUACAGCUACAACUACCUCGUGGCGAACCCGAACCACAUCAACCAGGCGUACGGGUGGCACUUCCAGUACCUGACCAUCAUCGGCCUGACGCUGGCCACGGCCACGUUCGCCCUCGGGCUCGCGGCGGACGUGACGCUGUCCCGGCGGCUGUUCGCCGCCAAGAACGUCCUGUCCGUGUGCUCGGCACCCAUGGAGGUCCUGGUCAGCGUGCUCUACUGGGGCCUGAGGGCCGUCGACCCGGAGCUCGUGGUCCCCAAGGAGCUCGAGCUCCCCGUCGCCGCCGACCUGGGCUUCCACCUCGCCCCGAGCGCCCUGCUGCUCCUCGACAUCCUCCUGCUCAGCCCCCCCUGGACCGUCACCGCGCUCCCCUCGGUCGCGCUGAGCGUGGCCAUCGCCUUCGCCUACUGGUUCUGGAUCGAGCUGUGUUACGGCUACAACGGCUUCUACCCGUACCCCUUGUUCGAAGUGCUCGACCGGACCCAGCGCGUCGGCCUGUUCACGGCCAGCGCGCUCAUCAUGGCCGCCAACACCAUGAUCCUCAAGUGGCUGCACGGCAGGGUGAACGGCCAGGUCGGGAACACGCGCUCGGAGAGGCCGGGCAGGGUGAAUUGAUAUCUAGAUUUUCGGACACUCGGACCGGGAUGGACGGCUGCCCACAAAAGAGCAGAGAUGGCCCAGAUGGAUUCUCAAUCUUUCACAUGUGCAUCGUUCGAAGCAUGUAGAGAUGCAAAAUCCUCAAAACCCAGUGGACAUUUGGUUUUUUCCGGGAUGGAAAAGUAAUAUCUUGUUCCUUUUUACACAUGAAGCUCCAAAUAUGUAUAGAUAUAUCUACCUAAAUCGGAAAACAGAUGAAAAUUUCCGUC